AGCCCGAACGAGCGUUUGCAUCGAUCGCGAGCUCCUAGCGAUUGCUUCUGUCUGUACUGUUAGUAUGGCGUCCGCGAGAAAGCGGAGAGGCGGCGGGAACUCGGGUCGGGUCUCGCUCUGUGCUGACAGCAACCUCGCUCUGUACUGACAGCAACCCAGGGCCGAGUGGGCUAUGGGGGAGCCCGGCUCCCUGGUCACGGGAGGCCGCGCCGGUGACCGGAGCUGGUGCUUGCGGCGGGUGGGGAUGAACGCCGAGUGGCUGCUGCUGGAGGACGGAAAAGAGGUGACUGUAGGUCGAGGAUUUGGUGUCACAUACCAGUUGGUUUCAAAAAUUUGCCCUCUGAUGAUUUCCCGAAACCACUGUGUCUUGAAGCAGAAUGCCGAGGGCCAGUGGACAAUUACGGACAACAAGAGUCUGAAUGGUGUUUGGCUGAACAGAGAACGUCUAGAACCUUUAAAGGUCUAUUCUAUCCAUGAGGGAGACCACAUCCAGCUUGGGGUGCCUCUGGAAAAUAAGGAGAAUGCGGAGUAUGAAUAUGAAGUUACCGAAGACGACUGGGAGAGGGUUUAUCCUUGUCUGUCCCUAAAGAGUGACCAAAUGAUGGAAAAGAAUAAGGGCUUGAGAACUAAAAGGAAGUUUAAUUUGGAUGAGUUAGAGGGUUCUGGAGCUGAAGGCCCCUCAACUUUGAAAUCCAAAAUAAGUAAAGUGUCUUGUGAACCUGGUCAACCAGUGAAGUCACAUGAGAAAGGUAAAGUGGCUGGUCAGCUCAAUGAAUAUUUGGAUCCUAAGUUGACUUGUCUUCAGCCAAGUGGGAAGGCCCUGGGGGCUCAUGUUUAUCCAGUCCCUGCAAAAGUCGUAGAGCUUCAGCACAGGAAGCAGAAAGCCUCAAACCCUUCAGCAUCUCAGAGCAGCUUAGAGCUGUUUAAGGUCACCAUGUCCAGGAUUCUAAAGCUGAAAACACAGAUGCAGGAAAAACAGAUCGCUGUUCUGAAUGUGAAAAAACAAACCCAAAAGGGAAACUCAAAGAAAAUUGUGAAAAUGGAGCAGGAACUGCACGAUUUACAGUCCCAGCUGUGUGCAGAGCAGGCCCAGCAGCAGGCCAGAGUGGAGCAGCUGGAGAAGACUUUCCAGGAAGAGCAGCAGCACCUGCAGGGUUUGGAGAAAGAGCAAGGAGAAGAGGACCUGAAGCAACAGCUGGCCCAGGCCCUGCAGGAGCAUCGGGCUCUGAUGGAAGAGCUAAACCGCAGCAGGAAGGACUUUGAAGCAAUCAUUCAAGCCAAGAACAAAGAGCUGGAGCAGACCAAGGAAGAGAAGGAGAAGGUGCAAGCACAGAAGGAGGAAGUUCUUAGCCACAUGAAUGACGUGCUAGAAAACGAGCUUCAGUGUAUUAUUUGCUCAGAAUACUUCAUUGAGGCUGUCACCUUGAACUGUGCCCAUAGUUUCUGCUCCUUCUGUAUCAAUGAGUGGAUGAAGCGGAAGGUAGAAUGCCCCAUUUGUCGGAAGGACAUCAAGUCCAAAACACACUCCCUGGUUCUGGACAAUUGCAUUAAUAAGAUGGUAGAUAAUCUGAGCUCAGAAGUGAAAGAACGACGAGUUGUUCUCAUCAAGGAACGAAAAGGUGCUUCCCACCAUCUGACUGUUGGGAACCCAUGUUCGUGUGUGUGAAGUUGAAGGUUUAAAAGCCACACUGCUAAGAACAAGAUCAUCUGCCUACUGCAUGCUUUCUCCUAGUCCUUCAGUAGAUAACAGCCACUUUGAGGAGGACCAGAAAUCUGAUGCUGAUGUGCAUAGCUGUGGGAUGGAACUGGCCUUCAGUUGGUCAGAGCGGAGGCAGCAAGCCUGUCCCAGGGCCAGGUGUUGAGUCUCUUAUGGCCCAAGGAAGACAUUCUGCCCUGGGGGAGGGUGGUGCGGCCCUCGGGUGGUUCUUUGAGACCAGGGGUUUUCUGCUUUCUGACAAGGAUGUGCCAUUUGACUUUGUUCCCAGUGUUGAGCCUCCAUAGGUUUUUUACCUCCCAGGAGCCACUUGAUUCUGUCAGAAUCCAUUGCUCUUCCUCUCCGCCUCCUGUCACUCAUGAGCAUUUGUAGGAACACUACACUACACAGUGGGACAAAGAGAGGAAAGUGAGUAUUGUCUCAGCUGUCACUGUCCAUGGAGGAGGCAGAAAAGCAAGUAGGUAGUAUGACAAGUUCCAUAACAGGGUGCUGGAAAACUGCAGAGGAGAGGACAUUCUGUUUGGUGUAGGGGUGGGAGAAAGCGUCUUGGAGAAAGUGCCAUUUGAACCACGUCCUAAAGAUUCCCUAGGGACACAGCAUUCCAGGCAGAGGAGUCAGCACAAGCAGAGCACAGAGGCCUGGGAGGCAGCGACCUGCUUGUUCUGGCCCCUCUUGUGGCUCAGAUAAGACAUGGUGUCUGCAUGUUGCCAGAGCAGCAUAAGACCAGCCAAGAUUUAGGAAGUGUCCACGGAGGUGUUGGGAAUACCUUCUGUUCUUCUCUCUUCCUUUUCUGAGAGGAACCCUGGGACCUCAGAUUUGAACAAGGUCAGCCUUUGAGCUGAAGUUUGCUGGGUCUGUGUUUGGGUGGGGUACCUUUAUAUUUUCUUUUUGUUGUCGUUGCUUUGGGGGGGGGCUUUUUUGUUAUUUUUGCUUUGUUUUGUUGAAGUUUAAUUGAUUUACCGUAUUAUAUUAGUUUCAGGUGUACUACAUAGUGAUUUGAUAUUUUUAUGCAUUACAGAAUGGUCACCAUAAUAAGUCUAGUUACCAUCUGUCACCAUACAAAGUUACUAUAAUACUACUGACUAUAUUCCCUAUGCUAUACAUUAUAUCCCUGUGACUUUACUUGUAAGUGACAAGUAUUUUUGUACCUUCUAAUCCCCUUCCCCUCUCUCACCCAUUCCCCCUUCCUUCUGGCAGACGACCGGCUUGUCCUUUGUAUUUAUGAGUCUAUUUCUGUUUUGUUAUAUUUAUUCAUUUGUUUUAUUUUUUAGAUUCCACAUAGAAGUGAAAUCAUAUGGUAGUUGUCUUUCACUUAGCCUAAUACCCUCUAGGUCCAUCCAUGUUGUUGCAGAUGUAAAGAUAUCAUUCUUUUCUAUGGCUGAGUAAUAUUCCCUUGUUUAUAUGUAGGACAUCUUUAUUCAUUCGUCUGUCAAUAAGCUGCUUCCAUAUCUUAGCUAUUAUCAAUAAUGUUGCAGUGAACAUUGAAGGUGCAUAUAUGUUUUUGAGUCAGUAUUUUCAUUUUCUUUGGAUAAAUACCCAGAAGUAGAAUUGCUGGGUUGUGUGUUAGCUUUGUUUUUAAUUUUCUGAGGAAACUCCAUACUGUUCUCUGAGGUGGUUGUACCAGUUUACAUUCCCACCAGCAGCACACAAGGGUUCCCUUUCAAAACUGCACACACUUGUAUAUGCUUUCUUCCCUCAGCCCACUGACUGGGUUUCUUCUAAGCAUGCUAGAUGGAGGCAGCCAUUGGAAAGGGAAAAAAGAGCCCCAUGUCCUAAUUCAUCUCUGACACCCCUCACACAGAGUUAAUACUGCAGAGUAAGUAAUAUCAAGCCCCUCUCUUCUCUCCAGAGCCUAAGGAGGGGGCCUUGCUGCCUUUCUGGUACCAUUAGGAGCUGACACAGUAAACCAGAUCCACUGGCUGAGAGCAGUUCUGGCACCAGUCUCGAGUUUCUGCAAUUAUCACAGCGAGUGCAGCUUUGAGGUUUUCUCCAGAGACAGACUGAAGGUUCUGAGGCCCAAUUUAGGGAAACAUGUGCCAGAGCCAUCAACAGCUUCGCUGGGCUGCAGUGUGGGGUUUAGAGAAAAUUCUCAGUUCAAAAUACCAACCUUCUUUGCCAGCUGAAAGCUGGUUUAAUCCCCAGUGUAUGGGAAUUUUUUAAAGGACCAAAUGUAGGAUCUGUAAACUAGAAUUGGCAAGCCCACAACUGUCGCAGUUCUGACACAGGCAGGACCACUUUCCUCGUGGGCAGGGGUUGCUCUUAUCACAAGUUCAGAGAGGGGGUCCUGCUGUCAGUGGCAGCAGAACCUCUAAGCCCACCAAGCACAGCCCCACUCCAGGCGCCCUGGCUGGCUGUUGUCUUGACAGCCCAUCUCGCUCAGGACUGACUGGCCACGGAUCCUUUGUAAAGUCUGUGAAGCCAGAUUAGCUGGAGGAGAGCGUGAGGGUGUCCUGGAGGUGAUAACAGGUGUCCAGUCAGUGCUUGUCGCAGGAGUCGUUGUGGCUCUCCAGGAUAUUGGCGUGAGGUUUUGCUGAAGGGAAGCCCCCUUUGGACAGCUCUGCCCAGAGUCUCCCCUUGGAGCUGGUGAGGUGCUGGCACGGAGUCCUCUGUAGCCGCUCUCCCUUCCCCGUUUGUUCUGCUCUCAUUAAGUGUUAGUUGCUUGACAAGAAUGUUCACAUUCUCACUUUAAGCUUUUGCUAGCAGUUUCUCUGGGUUGUUCUCAGAAAGAAGAAAGCAGAUUAUCUGGAAAUAAAAUCUUGUUGGUCCUUUAGAACAGUGAUUAUCAGUCCAGGGGCUUUUUCAAACCACUCCACAGCACCAUCGAUACCAUAAUAUUUGUCAAAGAGAGUAGCCCUCAGCAAGGUUGGUAGGGGGUGGGGUGUCCACAUAUAUGCCCUCAAAUACUAUGUACCACUGGUCUGUUUAUUUAUUGCUUUUUAGGGCUGCAGGUGCGGCAUAUGAAAGUUCCUAGGCUAGAGUUCGAAUUGGAGCUACAGCUGCCAGCCUACACCACAGCCACAGCAACACCUGAUCUAAACCACAUCUGCAACCUAUGCUACAGCUCAUGGCAGUGCUGGAUCCUUAACCAUCUGAGCGAAGCCAGGGAUCGAACCCACAUCCUCAGGUGCUGAGUUGUAGCGGGAACUCCUCUUUAUAAUUUUUUAAGGGGUUCCUGUCAUGGCUCAGCAGUUAAUGAACCCGACUAGUAUCCAUGAGGAUUCUAGUUCGAUCCCUGGCCUGGUUAAGGAUCUGGCAUUGCUGUGGCUGUGGUAUAGGCUGGCGGCUACAGCUCCAAUUCAACCCCUAGCCUGGGAACCUACAUGUGCCGUGGGUAUGGCCCUAAAAAGACCAAAAAAAAAUUUUAAUUUUUGAGUUAAAAAUUCAUCCUUUGCAAAAUUUUCAUGGGAUUAAAAGUAGUAGACUUGGAGUUCCUGUCGUGGCGCAGUGGUUAACGAAUCCGACUAGGAACCAUGAGGUUGCGGGUUCGGUCCCCGCCCUUGCUCAGUGGGUUAACAAUCCGGCGUUGCCGGGAGCUGUGGUGUAGGUUGCAGACGCGGCUCGGAUGCUUCGUUGCUGUGGCUCUGGCGUAGGCCGGUGGCUACAGCUCCGAUUGGACCCCUAGCCUGGGAACCUCCAUAUGCCGCCGGAGCGGCCCAGGAAAUAGCAACAACGACAACAAAAAAGAUAAAAGACAAAAAAAAAAAAAAAAAGUAGUAGACUUGUUAAUAGAGCUUUUUCUCUUAUUUCUCCAUCACUAACCCCACCCCCAUUUUUGCCUUUCUCUUUUUCCUUUCCUUCUGUUCUUUUGUCACUUACUGUUCUUCCUUGCCAUGUCCCUUGCUGGGCAUUUCCCCUGUAACCCUUAUUGUCAUCCCAGAAUGUUCAGUUGGAAAUGACAAGGACAGCAUAGGAACCAUUCACCCAGACAGGGAUGGGACGGUGAUCUGAGUAGAAGUAAGCUGUGGGAGUAAUUGCAGCAAUGAAGUAGCAAUCCAAGAAGCUCUGGAACCUCAUGUUUCCUGUUGACCCUGUGGUCUUUGGGAUUUUGGAAAGGUCCUUUCAUCAGAAGGUAGGAAGCCUGCUCCUGGCUUUAGUUCUCUGGGGUGCAGUGUCUCCUCCCUUUGCACCAAAAGCUGCUGCCUCCCUACAGGCAUCUGGAAAAGCUUUCACAGCUUAAAAGAGUGUCCUUCCUAGAUGCAGUUAAUGAUCCUGAGUGCACCCGAUGCAUGGGCGGCUGAGUGCGAGGGAACCGUGCAUGCCAGAGGGAGGAGACGCAAGCUGACCUUGAUACCUGGCCCUGAGUCAGGGACUCUGGAGAGCCCCACCGCCCUGUCCUAAAGAGGAAGACGGUACUUGUUGGCCCAGGCUUGGCCACCAGGCUGGGGAGCGGGGCCUGGAGGGGAACAUGAGCACACACCAGAGCUUCAGAAGGACAAGUGUGAGCAGUCCUUGUCAUCCCUGAGAGUCCAGCAGGAGGGGCUUCAGAUUAUUAUUUGUUCUUUUCACAGCACAGGCGUCUCCUCCCUCUGGCAUGCAUGGUUCCCUCGCAGUCAGCCACCCAUGCAUCGGGUGCACUCAGGAUCAUUAACUGCAUCUAGGAAGGACACUCUUAGGCUGUGAAAGCUUUUCCAGGUGCCUGGAACCCAGCACUCUUCACUUGACCCUUGACCUUUACCUAGCACCUGAGCACAGAUGAGAAUUUGUCUUUCUUUUUUUUUUUUUUUUGUCUUUUGU